AUGGACACUGAGUCGAUCCACUCGGGCUACUCCUACCACUCCAGCCGCUCCGGGAGAUCAAACCGACAUGGGGAGCGGAGCCGUGAGCGGCACAAGCCCAGCAGCAGUAAGGACAGCAGUCGCUCUGAGAGGUCCGUCAUCAUCAACCCCCCCGACACGCCCUCACAGAACUCCCCUGUUCACAACGGAGAGCCGCUGCCGGGGGAGCCCACACCGGCCGCAGAGCUCGGAGACGACGCCCAGGAUGAUAACUGGGGGGAGACCACCACCGCGGUGACAGGCACCUCAGAGCUGAGUCUGUCCCAGGAGGAAGUGGUUGGCCUGGGGAAGGGGACCGAGGACCGGACCCAAAACUGCCGGCGCUAUGUCCCCCUGGCUGUGGGCCUGUGUGUGGGGCUCCUGGUGCUGGCCACCCCCCUGGCCUUCCUGGUUCUCCCAGCUAUAAUGUGGCCCGACAGGCUGCAGGCUUGUGGUGCGGCCUGCGAGGGCCUCUUCCUCUCCAUCUCCUUCAAGCUCCUCAUCCUCCUGCUGGCUGUGUGGGCUUUGUUCUUACGCCCGGCCCGCGCCAGCCUGCCCAGAGUGUGUGUGUACCGUGCCUUCCUCACCACACUCACACUCCUGCUCACCAUGUCCUAUUGGCUCUUCUAUGGCGUUCGGAUCCUUGAUGCACAGGAUGAGGACUACCACGGCAUCGUCCAGUUCGCUGUCUCCCUGGUGGACUCCCUGCUGUUUGUCCACUACCUGGCCGUGGUGCUGCUGGAGCUCCGCCACCUGCAGCCCUGCUACAGCGUGUGUGUCAUCCGCUCCACAGACGGAGAGACGCGCUACUACAACAUGGGACAGCUCAGUAUUCAGAGGGCAGCUCUGUCCAUUUUGGAGUUCUACUACAGGGAUUUUCCUCUUCACAACCCGGCCCUCCUGUCUGCCUCUAAGCACCGAGCUGCCAAACACCUGGCUGGAUUAAAGGUCUACAACGUGGACGGCCCGGGGAACACGGCGGCAGCACAGCCCGGUAAUGGGAAUCAGUCACGGGCGAUGGUCGCAGCUGCCGCCAAGCGCAAAGACAGCACCCACAACGAGCUGUACUAUGAAGAGGCCGAACAUGAGAGAAGAGUCCGCAAACGCAGAGCCAGGCUGGUGGUGGCCGUGGAGGAGGCCUUCACCCACGUGCGCCGCAUGAAGAAGGAUGACGAGCGCGCGUCCCCCUCGGAUAUCAUGGACGUGCGCGAGGCCGCUCUGGCCAUUUUCCCCUCGAUGGCCCGUGCCCUGCAGAAGUACCUCCGCACCACCAGGAGGCAGCACUGCCACAGCAUGGAGAGCAUCCAGAAGCACCUGGCUUUCUGCCUCGUCAAUAACAUGAGCCCCAAGGCCUUCCUCGAGGCCUACCUAAACCCCGGUCCGACCCUGCAGUACGGCCCCGAGCGCUGGAUGGCUGACCAGUGGACUUUGGUGAGCGAGGCGUCGGUCACCAGCAGCAUGAAGGAAGGGACCGAGUUCCUGCUGAGAUGUCUUGACUUCAGCCUAGCUGUCACCGUGAAGAGCAUCCCCUUCAUCCGAAUGACUGAGGAGUACAUCGACCCCAAGUCCCAUAAGUUUACACUGCUGCUCCAAUCAGAAACCUCUGUUUAAAAGACUCGUCGUCACACAGUGGGCUGGUGCUGCUGAUCUGGACUGACAGGACUGUUAGGAUCACCUGACUGAAUUUUUUUAAAAAAGACCCUUUUGUACUUUUUUUGUACUUCUCGUUUUACACCGUCUGUCAUCUUUUUUUUUUCUCAAUUGAUUUGCUCACACACAGCAUCUCUGUGAAUUUCUUUGGGCACACAGUUGGUCGAAUUGAUUGAAUGAUGCUUGUUCAAGUCUUUGUCCCCGGCGACAUGAGAGAAGUGAGGAUUAAAGACAGAGAAUGGGGGGCAGUAUGCUUGGGUCUCUCUGUCCUGACGCUCCCAGAACACAGUUCAGGUAUUCCUCUAUGCACUACAGAUGACCCUCACAAAUUUUGUUCUUCCUUUAUUUGCAUGUGCCAGUGUGUGCCUGCUUGGCGUGUUUUUUUUUUUUUUUUUUUUCUGAUUUAAGAAGCAUACGUAAUAGUGUGGGUGUAUUAGCUGGUGUGUGCGUGUGUGUGUGUGUGUGUGUAUGCCUGUGUGUGUGUGUGUAGGUGUGUCUUAAGUGAGCGGUGCACCCUGGGUCUGUCUCGACCUGUCUCCACUUUCUCCUUUAGCGUUACUAUAGCAACAGGGACAUUUUCGUAUCGCCUGGUUGCCCCUCUGAUAUGAACAAAACUCCUUUUCACCAAAACUGCUCUUAUUUCAAUCUGAGUCCACAGCUCAUGCAGUGAUUAUUUAACUGUCAUGUAUUACAAAUGUAUAGUAUUUAUAUGUGUAUAUACUUCAUCCUUACAUACUUUUUAUAUCAAAACUGUGCAUUGUUUGAAUGAUUUUUUUUUUUUCUACCGUGUCUGGAAUUUGUUUUUACCUUGUUUGUCUUCAUAUUUGUGGAG